CUUCAGAAAGGUGUGUAUCUGUAAAUUCAGGAGCAGAGAACAGAACAUUGUCUCUCCAGAAAGGUGAGUAUCAGUAUAUUCAGGAGCAGAGAACAGAACAUCGUCUCUCCAGAAAGGUAUGCAUCUGCAUAUUCAGGAGCAGAGAACAGAACAUCAUCUCUUCAGAAAGGUGUUUAUCUGUAUAUUCAGGAGCAGAGAACAGAACAUUGUCUCUCCAGAAAGGUGUGUAUCAGUAUAUUCAGGAGCAGAGAACAGAACAUCAUCUCUCCAGAAAGGUGUGUAUCAGUAUAUUCAGGAGCAGAGAACAGAACAUCAUCUCUCCAGAAAGGUGUGUAUCAGUAUAUUCAGGAGCAGAGAACAGAACAUCAUCUCUCCAGAAAGGUGUGUAUCUGUAUAUUCAGGAGCAGAGAACAGAACAUCAUCUCUCCAGAAAGGCUAUUGUACAAGCAGCCCAGUGUCUUGGUGGGUCGUACUGAUGUGGUGGCAGUCACCCCGUGGUUGGCACCCAUCGUCUGGGAAGGAACCUUUGACCCUGACCUCGUCGACACAAUCUACAAGUCCAUGAACAUCACCAUAGCAACCACAGUGUUUGCCGUUGGAAAAUCGGUUGGCAGAAUGUCUCUGCUGCUUUGUUGUAUAGUGAUGGCUCUGCACCUCGCAACAGGGCUGGAUGCUGCCCCGGGGGUGGUGAACACUACAGAGGAGGAGGUGGAAGGGGUGGACUCCCAGUCACCAUGCCCAGCCGGGUGGCAUCAGAAUGAGCAUCACUGCUUCUCCUUCUACCCCGUCUGGGCCACCUGGGCCACUGCAGAGUUGUACUGCUCCCAGCACAGAGGGAACCUGGCAUCGGUUCAUAGCCCGGGUCAACAGGUGUUUGUCCAGGAUCUGGUCACGAGACACACAGACCAGCCGGUCUGGAUGGGAGGCUACGAUGCAGCUCAGGAGGGGAUGUGGCUGUGGAGUGAUGACUCAGCUGUUGACAGUUUUUACUGGGAGGAGGAUGAGCCCAGUAACUCUGGACAGGGGGAGAACUGUAUGGAGCUACACACUGGAGGUGGGCAGGGCUGGAAUGACGUGUCCUGUGGAGAGCUGAGGUUCUAUGUGUGUUCUAUGGAGACAAGAUCUGGUUUAGCAUCAUUACCAAGUCAGAAGAAAUCACAUGAGAGAGAGCUGGCUGAAGAGGUGAGUAUUUAUGACGUCCUGUGGGAGACCAGUGAGAGAGUAGCAGAUGAGAUCCUCGACUCAGCCUUCCUCAGAGGGAUGUAUUCCAGACGUCUGCCUGCCCACUGCUAUGCUGACUUCUGCCACCAGGAGGUGCUGUACCUGGACAGAGUCAUCACCAUGCUGCGGGUGCUGAUCAGAACAGUCCAGGGUCCUCCAGACAUCAUGCUGUUUCUCCAGAGAACACAUCAACGCUACCAGGAGUCUCUGAAGGAGGCCCAGAACCAAACUCCACCACACCUGAACCUGUCCUCCAUCCAGCCCUCUGCAGCUUUGCGUCAGUACCUCCAGAGCUUCCAUGACAUUGUCAAUGAGGAGCCCAUCUACUGGCUGGUGUCUCUGCUGCCCAGAGCCCUGCUCAGACCUUACCUGGCACAGAACCUGCCCCUGGGAGAGAGGACCAGACCAGACCCCAGCCCCUGCCUCUACCCCUGGCUAAGCCUCUUCCCCUGCCCCUGCUACCAGUGGGGGGGAGAGGACAUGAAGCCAGACCAGAGGAACCAGAAGGACAAGUCAGGGACAUAUUACAGGCAUCUACUGGAGAAGUACCAGGAUGUGAUAGACGUCUAUAAGGCUGUCAACAUCUUCAGUGUCCAGAUGAUCAACGAGAAGGCUCUCUUCACCUCCAGCUGCUUUCCCACUGGUGACGAGGAGGAAGAGGAGGACCAACCCAACCUGUGGUCUGUGGAGUCUGGUCCUGACGUUAGGGUGAAGCUGUAGCAGUGCAGCUGUAGAAUACAGGGAGCUGAGUGUGUACGGCUGUGUGUGUUGGCUUUCACACUGGGCAGGACUGUUCCUCUUGUCAGACAUAUUCCAAUAUUCCACUUCUAUGUUAGUAACUUCCCCCAAAUAACUACUGUUUAAACUGUAUUAAUGCAAUAACACAAUGAAUGUUCACAUCUAAUAAUUGUCAACAAAGGAGCUACAAUAAAAUAAAUAACAUUUAGGUAAUAAAAUCUAAGAAUGAAAAUGUGUGAACUGUUGAACUGUAUUUUCUAUAUGGGUAUUGGAAUGUCAAUAAUACACAGCCAAUCACAUUGCUGUGCUCUACCACAAUCAGAAGAAUUGCUCUGGCUAGCCAAUAAACAGAUGGUAUUGCUUUCAAGAAUUGACCAAUCAAUUCACCUGCUCCAUUCAAAUACUUUUUUCCCACCAUAUUUAGCAAAUAUAUUCAUUAAAAAUCCUACAAUGU